CAGGAAAUACGGUAAGAGCGAAACAGGAGGAAGCCAGCUCUGUGCCUGGAGGGGACCCGCCGCCAUCUCAGGUCUCUUGGUUUUGCCAGGGCCCACCGGAGAAAACUGACGACCCGUUUCUGUAAUCCUUAUGGGAGACCAACCUUGUGCCUCCGGGAGAUCCACUCUCCCACCUGGAAACGCACGGGAAGCCAAGCCUCCAAAAAAGCGCUGCCUCCUCGCUCCGCGUUGGGAUUAUCCGGAAGGAACUCCCAACGGAGGUAGUACCACUCUACCCUCCGCACCUCCUCCUGCAUCAGCCGGCCUGAAGUCGCACCCUCCUCCUCCGGAGAAGUAGAGAAAUAAAUUUCUCCCACCUUAAACCAGUCUUUGAGCGAUUGCAGUAUGACUCCAUUUCCCUGGUGCAUUCAUAUAAUAGUUCACCUGGUGAAAACAAUGAAGAUUAUUUACAAUGCUACCCUGCUUUUUCUGGUGUCCUGCACCUGGAAGUUGUGCUUUUUAAGGAGCAGGAGACGUGAAACUGGGAGAAGGCCAAAGGAAGGGCAAAGACUGGCUACGUAAACGUCUUAUGAUGUAAUCAGCGUGAUUUCACUUCCUGAAUUUCGAUGAAUUCUAAGACAUGGGCAAGAUCGGGUUGUAAGACCUCUGAGAUUUAAGGCCAUGGCCUGGAUCAUGGUGAACUUACCAAAGCAAAUAAUGCCUGUGAGAUGGUCCUGCAGCAGCCAACCAGUGCGCUCUUUUGGUGACAUCCAGUUCUUGUUGUAUAACUUUAUAUUCCUAUAAAUCCAUUAAGGCCCCAAUAAAGUUUGUCUCUAAGUGCUGUGUUAGAUCUAUAUGACUACAUCUAGUAAAUUGUGAAUUUUAAGUAAAUAUUUUAUAAGAACUCCAUAUAUAAAGCAUUACUAAAAUUAGUGUUGAAAUAUGACCUUCUUCUUACAUUUAUUCAUUUAUUUAUGUCUAUUUAUUCAUUUAUUUUAGUGAAAAAUAUAAGGAAAGGGGAGGAAGGUUAAAUCCAAAAAAGAAUUAAGUUUCCAAUACACUUUCUUUACUUUGCUGUCAAUUUUUGCAUGGAAUCUACAUCUUUUUAUGCUAAUCCUCAUCAUAUUAUUUUACAUCUUAACUUUUUUUUCUGACUAAAAUGGUUGAUGUGCUUGUUUUUUGUAAUUUUCUACUUUCCUUCUAAAAUGCUUAGUAUUGAACAAAUAGAAUAUCCUAAUUAAAAACAGUAAUAAAUAUUAUGGUGAAAAAAUACAAGUAAAAUGGGAAAACAUUAGAUAGCAGCUUUCAAUAUUUCAUAUAGUUCAUAAAUUUUUCAGGAAUUAGUUACAGAAAAACAUUUAUAGACUAUAAUAAUUUCCAGGGAUAUAAAAAAUAAAGCUUCUACCUCCAAAUUGUAAUAAAAGAUAAACAGAUUUGAAAGCAUAUAUUAUAUCUGAAAAUGUCAGAUAAACUUGGCUUAUAAAUUAAAAUAUAAAAUAAUAAUACAAUUUGUUCAAAUAAGUAAUUAAAGCUGACAUUGUAAAAUGAAUAUUUAGAGAGAUUGUGAAACCUGAGUAUUUUACCCAAUCCUCUGAAAUUAGUCCCUAGUGUCAGAAUGAAAGAAUCUGAAAAAUCA